AUGACGCAACAGCGGUCGUAAGUGUCAUCAGUAGCAUGUGGCUCUGGCGAUCUUCCGUAUUGUUGGGUGUGUUGGGCUGUAGAGGAGUGGUGAGAACCAUGUGUGCACAAGUGAGCGACUGGCAAACUGCCAAGUCAAUUUAUGAGUUCUCUGCCAAAGAUAUUGACGGCAAUGAGGUGUCCCUGGAAAAAUACAGGGGUUAUGUGUGCAUCAUUGUAAAUGUGGCCUCUAAAUGAGGAAAGACCAGAGUGAACUACACUCAGCUGGCGGAAAUGCACGCUUCCCUGGCUGAGAAGGGUUUACGCAUCCUCGGAUUCCCAUGUAACCAGUUUGGAGGCCAGGAGCCUGGAACCGAGGCAGAGAUUAAAGAGUUUGCCAAGGGGUUCAAUGCAGAGUUUGACCUCUUCAGUAAAAUUGAUGUGAAUGGAGACAGCGCUCACCCUCUUUGGAAGUGGAUGAAAGCUCAGCCGAAAGGAAAGGGAACCCUGGGAAAUAACAUCAAAUGGAAUUUCACAAAGUUUCUUAUAAGCAGAGAGGGACACGUGGUGAAGCGAUACGGCCCAACAGAUGAUCCCAGAGUGGUGGAGAAGGAUCUGCCAGCGUACCUGUAGUAAUAAUACAGCCAUCCUCUGUGUGCAUGAUCACACAUAGAUCUCAUAUUGCCUUGAGGUUGUUGGUGUGUGUGGGUGUCUGGACCAAUGACGGCCUGCCUAUAAACCCAAACAUUGGGGAGGGCAGGCCUGAUGAUUUAGCGUGCAACUACCCUUCAGACUUACCCACUACACCCAACAUUUUAAGACUAUAUGAGUAGCGAUUGCUUAGUGAUCUAGCACAACUUUUUACAAAGCCAUUCCAAAGAAUGCCAUCUUUUGUUUAGUCUCAUGUGAUCAUGCAUUGUGACCGCUUUGUAGCAAGAUGCUAUAAACUCCAUUGACUUCUCUAAACUACUGACUAUGUUUGCACUGAACCUGCAGGUAGAUUGUCACACUGUCAUUAUUUUGUCAUAGCCAUUUAGCUGCACUUAUCACACUCAUUGUGUCAGGGUGAGUGUUUUAGUACACAAAGUUGAAUCCAAUAAAUCAAUUGCAUCUGUUGGUUUGUUGAAAAGGUAUUGCUCAUUGUCCCAAAAUCAAAUACAGUAGUUAAAUCCUGGCAAUUUGAUAGUGGAUUUAUCUGAUAUGAUGAAACUGAAGAUUAUUAAAGUAUGCAUUUCAUGAAAGUCUACUGGGUUUUGUGUUUAGACUUAGACUAGCUAUUCAACUGGUGGCCCGUGGGACACAUCUGAUCCAUGAAUGACAUCAGACCGCCCCGGAAGUGACAUUUCUCCGGCAGGUGUCUUAAGAACGCACUUGACGUAUACAAAGUAUUUGACAAAUGUUUUUAUAGCACGUAGAAAGUCAGAGCAGUCGUGUCCCAUAUAAGCUUUGACUCGUGUUCUACAGUAGGCCCUUCAACAGCACAGCGCUCCUGUCCUUUAGAGAUUUGACUGCUGUAAACAUAUAACCACACAAUGACUCCAAGCUGGUUGCUUAUCUGAGACUGCUUUUGUGCAAACGUUCCGGACAUGUACGUGUAUAUGAGACAGCCGUGAUUGACAGCCAUGAACACCAGUUAUUUUAUUCGGGCUGAGCGAAAAUGUAUGUGUUCAUGGUAUUUUUAUGC